AAAAACCGACGGCCAGGGGAAAAAAAAACCCGGUGUGCACCUAUUGGAGCCUAUUGGAGACCCCCGGCUGCUUGCGAGCUGUGACUCCUUCCUUCUCUGGACCUUCCGCGCUCCUUUUAUGCUCCAACUGACCUCCUCCUCCUCCUCCCUCUGUGCCGCUGGUUGCCCGGAGGGUGAAGAUGCUCAGCCGUUUGUCGGGGCUGGCCAGCACCGUCCUGCACGAGCUCUCGGGGGAAGGAGAAGAUGGCGGGACAGCACCGUCCCCCGCCGGACCGGAGUUUGAAUCCAGCCAGCAGAACAUGGAGGAGGAGAGCCCAGAAGAUGUGCUGGAACGGCUGGCCCACAUGGAGAAGCUGGUGGCGCAACUGAAGACACUGUUGCGGGAGAAGGACGCUCAGCUCCAUCAGAAGGAUGCCAUGCUUGAGGUGGGUGGAAAACGGAUGCCCUCUUUUCUCCGGGACAGGAACUUCCGUGUGUGUGUGUGUGUGUGUGUGUGUGAAGAUGGGAAAGUCCAAGGCUGCCCACAUCUUCUCCCAAAACUCCCCUACCUCUCUUCUCUUCUGCGCCAUCAGGGCGACCACAGCCUAAGCGAGGGGCCGGUGGACGAGACGGGUGCGCUCAGGAGGCAGCUUCAGGAGCAGGAAGAAACGGUGAGGGAGCUCCGAGGGCAGCUGCAGGAAGCGACGGGAAGACUCGGGGAUGCCCAGGCCCAGAUCAGCUGCCUUCAAGGGGAAGUGCUGGAGAAAGAGUCACUCCGCGAAGAACAGGCUCUCCAGCUUCAGGCGGAAAUCCACCAGGCAGAGGCCCGCCAAGCCGAAAUGCUGCAGAAUCUGAGGCAGCUGCAGCGAAAAGUGGAGGAACAAGAGGAGGCUUUGCUGGGCCGGACACAGGUGGUCGACCUGCUGCAGCAGGAACUGAAUGUCAUUCAGGGGGAAAAACAGAAUCUCCUGGAGAAGUUACGAGAGGCAGAGGCGGAGCUGGAGACCUCCAGAACUGCCCUGGCUUCUGCCCAGGAGGAAUCCCGCAACCUGGUCAAGAGCCUGGAGCGGGAGCUGGCCGAGCAGAAGACGGCUUUCGAGCGGAGCCAGGAGGAAGUUGAAGAGAUGCGCCGAGAGCUGGCGCGGGCGAAGGCGGCCCAGGCCGAGUGGGAUCAGGAGAGGCGGGCUGAGGUGGCCAGGCACGCUCUGGAGGUGGACGAGAAGAACCAGGAGAUGGUUGAGCUUCAAAAGGCAGAGCAGGACCUCCGCGCCAGUUACGAGGCCGUCCAAGCGGAGAACGCCCGGCUGUGGCAGAAGGUGGAGGCGCCAGCGGAGAGCUCGCCUGACGAUGCGCCUGCCACGCCAGGUGAGACCCCCGAAAGAUCCCCGGAGCUCGGCUUGUCUCAGCCAGAACUGGAAACGGCUACAGGGGUCCCGUCUCCUUCCCUGAGCCAGUCCAGCACAGCUGGGACCCUGGAGGAUCCCCUGCCGGCCCCACCGGACAGACAGCCCGAUCUCCUGGAAUCCUUUGCUGACGAGAAGCAGCGCGAUCUGUCCAUCCUGCUUCUGGAACUACAGGAGGCCCAGGAAGAGAUCGCCUUCCUAAAGGGGCAGCUUCCCCUUUCGAGCAGCCUGGAAGAUGACGCCGGGCGCUCCCAGGGAAACGACGCCGAGAGGGAGGGAGAAGGGACCGCGGCCGUCCAGAGCGACUCGAGCAGCAGCUCCCUGGUCACUGUGGACAUCCAGGACUCCCCUUCUGUUCUGGGGAUGCUCUUGGGACCGGAGGAGAAUGAAACAUCUCAGGGACCGUCUGCGGACUCCGAGCUGCAGUUGCAGAAAAUAGCCAAGUUGGAGCUGGAAGUUGCUGAACUGCAAAGAAGGCAGCGGGAAGCCACGGAAACCCACCGGAGAGUCUUGGAGGAGAAAACCGCAGAAAUUGGCCAGCUUCAAGAACAGUUGGACGGCUCCACCAGGGCCAUGCAGGCCCUGGAUGCCGAGCAGGACCAGCUCCUGUGCCAGCUGAAGGAACUCUGCUUCCUGGAACAGCUGAAGGAUCAGCUGGAAGGCAGCCCUGCUGCCCACCCGGAGCUGCAGCCUCAGCUGCCCAACUACGAAAGGGGAAUCUCUCACCUGGGCUUGCUGAAGGAGCGGAUUCAGAGCCUGAGGAACGAGGCCCAAUCCAAGGACGUGAAAAUCGUGGCCCUGCAGAAGGACCUGGACGAAGCCCAGCGUCGGCUCUCGGAGCAAGAGAUGGCAGGGAGGAACCUCCUUAGCCAGCUCCAGGAGGAGCAGCGGAACGGCCAAGCCCUGCUUGAACAGGCGCGGGAGGCUUCCGCGAAGGCCGAGGAGCAGUCCCAGGCCCUGGCCUCGAAGGAGCUGGAAGCCGCCAAGCUGGCGACGCUCCUCUCGGAGAACUCCCUGGAGGUGGAGAGGCUCCAGCAGGAAGUGGUGGAGCGGGAGCGGAGGAUGGCCGAAGUCAGCGUGGGCAUGUCCGACCGGAUGGUGCAGCUCAACGAGGAGAAGUUCGCGCUGGGGAAGGAGCUGAGGAGCGCGAUGGAGCAGCUGAGCGUCCUGCAGCGAGGGAAGGAGACCAGAGGGCAGGCGGUGGAGACGGAGGAGAGGUGGCCGCCGACGGAGGAGCGGCCCGCCGACGAAGCUGUGGAAGUGCUAAGGAAGGAGAACGAACUCCUGAGGAAGAAGCUGCAGGCUGCUCUCCUCAGCAGGAAGGAGCUCCGCGGCAGGGUUCGCCAGCUGGAGCAGGAAGGAAAAGGGGAGGACAAGAUUCCCGCCGAGGGCCAGGACGGGGUGGCUCAAGAGAACGGAGGAGGCGGGCCUCCCUCCUUGAGCCCUAGUGGCCAAGGGCAUCCUGUAAGGCGGGGCAGGGCUGCCUCGCUGAACCAGCUGCUCUCCGUGAAGGAAGCCGCGACGCGGGUCAGCCUCGAGGAGGAAGAAUGCACGUGGCCGCGGACCGUGAUUGCCGAGUUGCAGCAGCGUCUGCAGGAGAAGGACCUCCGGAUCAACGCUCUGCAGGCUGAACUCGAAGGCUGCCAGUUGUCCCCCGAGAAACGGAGUCCGGCGGAUCAGAAUGUGGAGGGGUCCCGCUCAGCAGAUUCCAGGGAAGGUGGAACAAGCAGCAAAGCUGACCUUGGCCCAGAAGGAGAAAAUAAGACCAACCAAGAAGAGUUUUCGGCACUGGUCCAGGAGAGAGAAGAGCUCCAGAAGAAGCUCCAGGAAGCUCUGGCCUCGCGCAAGGAGACCGUCAAGAAAGCCAAGGAGAAGGACCGUCAUUAUCGCGAACUGCUGAAGCAGCAGAAGGAGGACUACAACUUGCUACAAGAACAACUCGAGCAGCAGAGCCGGGAGAAGGAGAGCCUGCAGGACCAACUCCAGACUCUGUCCGAGGUUCUGGAGAGCUUCCCUCCUCCGAAACCUGCUGGAGAUGUUUCUUCUGAAGGUCCAGCGUCAGGCCUCGUGCAGGAGUUUGGCCAGGAGGUGAUUGAAGAAGGUGCUUCCUUAGCCACCGAAGACCCAUCGGUGCACCAGCUGAAGGCAGACUUGGAGAAGCUUCAGGCAGAGAAGAGGGAGCUGGAAGCCCACCUCACGCGCCUGCAAGGAGAACUUGAUGGCAAGUCUGAGAAGACGCGGCUCCUCCAGGAAAAGGUCGAGCAACUUCUCGCCGAAGUGGAGGCGGCCAAAGCUGCCUGCAGUCAGGCAGAAGCCGACGUGGAAAGCCUGAAGGGGGAGUUGCAGGAGAGCCGGGAAGACGUUUCCAGGCUGGAGAAGCUGAGAUGCCACCAAGAGGAGAAGGAACUCGGCCACAGAGAAGAAAUCCAAGGCCUUCGCUCCCAGUUAGCCGAUAAAAACGAGUCCCUGGGUGGCCUCCAGUUAGAGCUGCAAGAGAAGGAGAACAGGAUCCAAGCAUUGCAGGGACAGUUGGACCGAGCCCACCAGCUGCAGGCCGAGCUUCAGGCGAAAUCGGCAGAAGAGUCGGCAGAGACCCAAUCCAAAGCCCACCUCCAGAGGAAGCUGCAGGCAGCCCUCAUCUCCAGAAAGGAAGCCCUGAAAGAGAGCAAGGGGCUGAAGGAAGAGUUGUCCAGCACCAAGGCCGCCUUGGAAAGCACCUCCCUCCGUCUUCAAGAAACAGAACUUCGGGCGUCUGAGCUGAACAAGGAGAAGGUGGUCUUGUUGGAGAAACUGGCGACCCUCAAGGAGGAGCGGGACAAACUCAUUUCAGAGGUGGACAACGCCUUGGUGGAAAACCAGAACGUGACCGGUUCCUGCGAGAGUCUGAAGUUGGCCCUGGAAGGGGUGACACGGGAGAAGACGAGGCUGGAGGAGGAAAUGGGCUUGGCGGACGCAAGGCAGGCCCAGGAGCUCCGCGAGUGGCAGAGGAAACACGAGGAGCUGCAGAAGGAGUACGAGACGCUCCUGCAGUCGUACGAGAACGUCAGCGAUGAGGCCGAGCGGAUCCAGCGGGUGAUGGAAAGCGUCCGGCAGGAGAAGCAGGACCUCUUCCUCAGACUAAAAGAGGUGGAGGCCGAGAAGAAGGACGGGGAAGCUCGCCUGCAGGGAGCCGAGCAGGAGAUGGAAGGCAUGAGGGAGAAGAUGAGGAAGUUUGCCAAGUCCAAGCAGCAGAAGAUCUUGGAAUUGGAGGAAGAGAACGAGCAGCUGAGGUUGGAAAUCCACCCCGGGGACGGUAGACAGGGUGGGACCAAUUCUGCUCUUCGAGAAGAGCUGGAGACCUCCAAGAAGAAUUGCCAGGCUCUUUCCGAAGAGAUGGACGCGCUGGUCGCCGAAAGGGACCUCUUGAAGCAGGAGGUCCAAGACUUGAGGCAGACGUUGCAAAACAAGGGAGAUCAGAGCAGCAUCCAAGAGGAGAAGUUGGCCGGAAGCCACGUAGUCAAUUCCACCAGGAUGUCUUCUUCAGAGGAGGUGGCUGAGGAAGGAGAUACAAACACGGGUUCUGAGGUUCUCACCGCCGCCACUCCAAGCCUUGAGGACAAGGGGGACGAUUCUGGCACAGCCGGGCCCUUGCGUGAUGAAAGAACUGGAGAUAGUCAACACGCGGCAGAGCUCCAGGAACAAACGGCGGCGCUGGAAAAUGAGAGGGAGAUGGCGGUAGAGGAAAUGAACAAGGCCCAUAGAGAUUUGGAGGCCCUGAAGGAAGAGAAGAACCACCUGGAGGGCUUACUGGCUCUGAAAGGCCAGGAACUGGAAGCUCUUCAAGAAAAGUCCAUCAGGAUGGAGGAAGGUUGGGGGCAAACCAAGGAGCAGCUAGCUGAGGUGUUGACGUUGAAAGAAGCUUUGGAAACGGAGAAGGAUGACCUUGAAGAGAGGCUGAUGAACCAGCUGGCCGAGUUGAAUGGGAGCAUUGGGAACUACCAGCAGGACAUGGCCCACCUGGAGAGCCAGAACCAGCAGCUCCUCAGGGAGAUGGAAAGUCUUCAGGGGGCCCUGAGCCGCCUGGAAGACGAGAAGCGGCAUCUGUUGAGGGAGAAGCUUGAGGGGGAAGCCAAGAAGAAAGAGAACGUGGAGAAAGUCAAGAGUGCCUGGAAGGAAGGAGACGGCCGGACUCAGACCCGAGAACUUCAGGAAUUGCUGAAAGAGAAACAGCGAGAAGUGAGGCAGCUGCAGAAGGACUGCAUCCAAUGCCAGGAGAAGAUCAGCGGCUUAGAGAGAACCGUCAAGGCCCUGGAGUUUGUCCAGAGCGAGUCCAAGAAGGAGCUGGAGACCACCAAGAAGAGCCUGGUGGAGGCAGAGGAGAAGACCCAGAAGGUCCAGGCCGAGUUGGCUUCCUGCAGGGUCUUGCUGGACGAUACUCAGAGCGAAGCCGCCCGAGUCGUGGCGGAGAGCCUGAAGGUGAAAGAGGAGCUUCAGACCACCCGGGCUCAGGUCAGAGGUCAGCUGAGGGAGAAGGAGAAGGAGCUGGAGAGACACCUGGAACGAGAGAAGGCCAAGCACCUGAAGGAGAUGAGGAACGCGGACGAGAGGUUGGAGGCCCUGCGGAAAAAGCAGGCGUUGGCGGAGGAGUCGGCGCGGGACCUCCAGGUGUCCCUGCGCCAGAAGGACCAAGAAGCCAAACAGCUUCAGGGUGACCUCAACCACACCUUGGCCCAGCUGGCGGCCUUCACCAGGAGCAUGUCCUCCCUGCAGGACGACAGGGACCGGGUGAUCGACCAGUCCAGGCAGUGGGAGAAGAAGUUCAGUGAGGCCAUUGAGAAGAAGGAAGAGGAACUCUCUGCUCGGGAAGAGGCCUGCGCCGCCUUGCAAGACCAGGCCAAGAAGAUGGCUCUCCAGGUGGAAGACCUCCAAGGCCUCGUGGCCAGCUUGGAACGCAGCCAGUCUGCGCAAGAGUCCCGUGCCCAGAUGGAGCUCCAGCACCACCGAGAAGAAGUUGGGUUGCUCCAGGAAGAGAAACAGAGACUUGGACUCCGGCUGGAAGAGGCCCAGCGGCUGCUGAGCAACUCCCAGAGCCAGGUCCUCCAGCAAGGGGCAGAACUCGGGUCUCUGAGAAAGCAGCUGGCUGAUCUUCGGGCCUCUUUCGAAGACUGCGACCGGGCACGCCUUGAGAUGUCCAAGACGGCAAAGAGGCACGAGGCCAGUCUUCGGGAUUGCAGGCUGAAUCUGGAGCAGCUGGAGGCUGAUCUGAGGGCUUCCAAGGAGCUGACGGAUAGGCUGCACAACGAGAUGAGCGACAAGGAGCAGAAGAUUGUCGCCCUUGUGGCUGCCAAGGAAGAGGCUGUAGCCGAAGCCCUGUUAGAAGCCCAAAAGCAGCACCAGGAAGACCUGAAGGACUUGGAAGACCAGGUGGCCAAGAUUGAAGCCCAGAAGGUGGCCCUGGAGGCCGAGAAGGCAACAGCUCAGGAGAAAGUGAAGGGUCUUGUGGAGAAGCUGAGAAAGGUCCACGAAGAGAGCAAGCAGCACAAAGCUCAGCUAGAUGCCUUCACCAAAUCCAUGUCUUCCCUUCAGGAUGACCGGGACAGGGUCCUAGAGGACUAUCGGCAGCUGGAACAACGUCACCUGGCUGCCAUUUUAGAGAAGGAUCAGCUCAUCCAGGAAGCGGCCGCCGAGAACAAUUCCUUGAAGGAGCAACUUCGGAGCCUCCACGGCCAGAUGGACGACUUGCACGCGGAGAAUGCCAAGUUGGAGGCCGAAUUGAGACGCUAUCGCGAAGACCUGAAUCAAGUCAUCUCCAUCAAGGACACUCAGCAGAAGCAGCUGCUGAAGACCCAGCUCGACCGGAUCCAGGUCCUGGAGAAGGAGAAGGCGGGCGUGGAAGGCCAACUGCGGGAGUCGGAGCUUCGUUUGGCGAACCUACAGCGAGCCGCGGAGGCCCAGGGAGGGAAGGCUCUGGAAGGCUCCCAGUUGCGGGGCGAGAUGCCGGUCCUGCGGGAAGGGGGCUCCCUGUUGGAACUCCAGCUGCAGUUGCAAGAGAAAGUGGAGGAAAUCCAGAGGUUGGGUGGGCAGCUGUCGCUGGCACAUCAGCGGGUGGCGGGCCUUGAAGAGGAGCUGGCUGGUCUCCGCCAGAAGCUGCAGGACGCAGAAGCCAAGAUGAAGAAAGAGCUCAAGAGCUUCCAUCACGACACGGGACUUCUGAGGAACGAGACCGAGACUGCUGAAGAACGGGUGGCGGAGCUGGCCAAGGACCUCCUGCGGAUGGAGCAGAGCCUCCUGGGCGUCACGGAAGAAAACCAGGAUCUGAAGGCCCAAAUCCAGUCCUUCAAGAAGGCCAUGAGUUCCCUCCAAGACAGCUGGGACCAGCUGCACGAAGAACGGCGCGCCCUGGAGAAGAAAUGCGCUGCCGACCUGGAAGAGCAGAGGCAGCUGGUCCAAAACCUCCAGUGGGAGAAGCUCCAUGCUCAGGAGGCGUGCGCCGCCCUGGAGAAGCAGAGGGACGGCCUGACCGCCCAGCUCGCCGCCCUCCGAGACUCGGCGGAAGAGAAGGGCUCCUCAGAGGCGCUGGAGAAACUCAGCCAGCAGCUGCGGUCCAAAGAUUCUCAGCUCGCUUGCCUCUCGUCAGAGCUGGAGGGGGCCUCUGGCCAAGUGAAGGCCUUCUCCCAAGCCAUGGCCAGCCUGCAGGCGGAUCGAGACCGUCUGUUGGGCGAGCUGGACAGAAGCCGCCAGGUGGAGGAGGUGAAGCUGCAGUCGGCCGCCAGUCUGCCUCCGAGUCUUGCCGAAACGUCCAACCUCAAGAAGGCACUCUCGUCCCUCCAGAACGACCGAGACCGGCUGCUGGUGGAGCUGAAGAACCUGAAGCAGCAGGUGGAGGCGGAUGCGGCCGAGAUCUCCCGCUUGAAGGCCCAGCUCCAGCGGAAGCAGGAAGAGGCGGAGCAGCAGGAGGAGGCGUUCCAGGCGAAGCUGGAGCAGCGGAGGGCCUCCGUGGAGCUGGAGCUCCGGCAACUCAGGGAAGAAAAGGCAGGUUGGGAGCAGGGCAGGUGGCAGAGCCCCCCCAGCAGCAACGCCCAGGUGAGUGGCUUGGUCCGGAGGGCCCCCCCGAGGGGCGU